GCUGUAGUUCUGGGAACCUCAGAGCCGGACUACUGUAAUCAUCAACCGAACAUCGUUGGCAGGCAGCGGCUGCUCGUUUACGGAAGCGCGCUCUCUCUCUCUCUCUCUCUCUCUCUCUCUCCGUCUCUCGUGCCGUCCCGGACACGUCUUGUUUUCUUUUGAAGGGCACGGUGAAGGCACAGGACACAUACGCGUGCGCGUGCUGCUACAAGCCUGUUUCUUUAAACGCAGGGGGAGACAUUUGUGUUCCUGAGAUGUAGCCCGCCUGGCAAAUCUGUCGCCAACAUCGCUAGAAACCCACCUGCUCCUCCUCCCUGUCAUUCCCCCGCUGAGGAAGGAAGGAAGGCGCUGGGAUGCCGAUAGUUUCAUCUGGGAGGCGACUGGAAAGGAAAGUUCAGUGUAUUUUCGGUUAACGUUUCACUCCUCCUUCUUCUCGUGUUUCGUAUUAAUUCACAUCCUCCACCGAGGCUGACCGACUGCUACAUCUGUGACAACGGUUUAGCCUACUCAAGGUCCAUCAGCUGGAAAAAUCCUCAGCACAGAAGAACCACAACAGAAAUCUUAAGAAAUGGACGGAGAUAAUCCAAGCCAAAGCCAGACGCAAGAAGACCACCCAAAGGGAGCAGCAGAAGCUUUAACAACAACAACUCCAGCUCCGGCAUCAGAUACAGCGACUCCGGCCACAGAUUCCACUGCCGGCCAGCCUGGAGCUCCUGCCAGGCCUAGACGGCCCCAGAGAAGUGCCAGAGUAGAGGGCUCUGUUGACAUCUCCGAACUUAAAGCUGAAACCAAAGCUGAACCCACUCCGGUGGCUAACCAGGACGAGUGCAUUCUUGAUGGCACUGUGGCAAGUCGCCCCAAAACCUCUGGCCCUGGAGCAGUCAAACCCUUAGGAGAGCGCACCGGGCCCAGCGGUAAGGCUGGUCCUAAAGGACUGGGCCACCACCCGGUUAGGGCUGCCUCAGUCCCCCACCCACCUGCUAGCAGGCCUGAGGCUCCUCACCUGAACCCUCAUGCUCAGAGAGCCUUCUCUGUAGCAGGUACAGCUGACACUCAGACCCAGAUUGUGGAAGACUUCAGGCUGCACAUCAUCACUUGGAACGUGGGUUCGGCCACGCCACCUGAUGACAUCACUUCCUUGCUGGGGCUGAAUGUUGGUGAUGGAAACACAGACAUGUACAUUAUCGGGCUGCAGGAAGUGAACUCCAUGAUUAACAAAAGGCUAAAAGAUGUCCUCUUCACAGACCAGUGGAGCGAGGUCUGCAUGGAGAGACUCAGCCCCUUUGGUUAUGUGCUGGUGACCUCCCAGCGGAUGCAGGGAUUGUUACUACUGGUCUUUGCCAAGUACUUCCAUCUGCCCUUCCUCCGCGGAGUCCAGACUGAGACCACCCGUACUGGCCUGGGGGGUUACUGGGGGAAUAAAGGUGGUGUGAGCGCCCGCAUGUCAGCGUUCGGCCACACCAUCUGCUUCCUCAACUGCCACCUGCCGGCUCACAUGGAAAACUCGGAGCAGCGCAUGGAGGACUUUGAGAGUAUCCUGCAGCAGCAGCAGUUUGAGGGCCAGGCUGCCAUCGGGGUUCUUGACCAUGAUGUGGUGUUCUGGUUUGGAGAUCUCAAUUUCCGCAUUGAUGACCUAGAUAUGCAAGUGGUAAAAUCAGCCAUCGAUAACAACAAAUUUUCAAUGUUGUUGGAAAAGGAUCAGCUCAAUAUGGCCAAAGACAGUGAGACAGUGUUGGAGGGUUUCCAAGAGGGGCCGCUAAAAUUCCCUCCCACCUACAAGUUUGAUGUUGGAACAGAUACAUACGACACAAGUGGGAAGAAGCGUAAACCAGCUUGGACCGACCGGAUCCUGUGGCGCCUGAGAGCCACUGCUGGCGCUGCUGUCAGCGCAGGGAAGCGUAGCUCCAUUUCAGGGCUGACCAGCGGGACCAAAGUGACACAGCACUACUACCGAAGUCACAUGGAAUACACCGUCAGUGACCACAAACCAGUCUCCUCCAUCUUUACCCUGCAGUUCCCAUACAAGGUGGAUGUUCCCCUGGUCACAAUCAUAGUGGAGGAUGAGUGGAAUAGUAUUGCUGAUGCCACAGCAAAAUUCAAACUGGUGCCCAGCUACCCUCGCAGCUCCUGGGACUGGAUCGGACUGUACAAGGUGGGUUUCAAGCACCAUAAGGACUAUGUGGGAUACGUGUGGGCCAAGCAAGAGGAAGCUGAUUUUAAUCGACAAGAACAGCAGGUAACCUUUACCGAGGAGGAAUUGCCCAAAGGCUCAGGGGACUUUAUCUUGGGUUACUAUAGCAACAACAUGAGCACCAUUGUGGGUGUAACAGAGCCAUUUCAGAUCCAGCUUCCCACUUCAGGUCUUGACACCAGUUCUUCAGACAGCUCUGACUUCAGCUCAGAGGACGACAGCACUGUUGUCCUCAUGAAGACGAGGUCCCGCAGUCCCAGUCCACGCAAGGCCAAGCACCGCAGCCAUCGCAGCCACCACAGCCACAGCCACAGCCACAGUCGCAGCCGCUCUGGCAGCCCUGCACAGGCCAAAAUGAAAAUGCUCAAUGUCACUGGUUCUCCCUCCACCACCACCACAGCUGAGAGUGAGUCCACAAGACGUCCAGCAGAGGGCAGCAGCAGCCAGGUGUCUGCUCCUGUGGUGAAAGAAAAAGACAUGGAGGGUUCAGGGCUGUGAUACACAACCUAGUCCUUCUGUUGUCACAAGUCACAUAGCCAACUGUUGUGUCUUUUAUUAAAUACAUCCACUACACUGUAUGUUUUCUGUAAUGAAAAUAUACAGGUUCUGAUGCCAUCCUUUUCAGGAACAGCCAUCUGGUUUGUCCAGAAGGCUUACUUUGCCUUGAGUUGUUCUAUUAAGCUGUGCACAUAUUUUUUUAUUUGUAAACCUUUUACUCUGUCCUGUGUUUCUUCUACCUUUGUCCGUUCUCAGGUGUGGACAGUACAGGGAACUGAAACCUUGCAUUAGGAAAUACUCACGGAUGUUAUGGUCAUGUAAAGUAAAAGAGUGGUUACUUAAUGCUUUUUAGAAACCAUCUUCCCCAAACUCUGCACUGAUUUACUUAUCAGUCAAGUCAGCAGACUGCAUACCAACGAAAGUAAACACUUUUGAGACAAGGAGUAUGACGUACUUGACACAGACAAUGCUCACAAAUCGCUCACCUGCUUUAGUUGUGGAACAUUUAUCUAUCCGCUCAGACCAAUAGGACCAUAGACACAGUGAAAAAAGCAUUUUAUUCCAAAACCUCCCACAUAAGCAUCACCAGCUCUAUCAACCAUCACUAACAUUUUUAGCUUCUGCAAAUGGAGAUAUGCACUUUGACUUGGCGGUAUGAGUCUACUCUUGUGGAUAUUCCAUGCUAUGGAAAAUCAGCAUUACAUAGCAACAUGACUCAAGGAACCUUUCAAAUGAUCUCUCUAGGGUGCAUGAAAAAAAGUGGGGGGGCCUGGGGUUCAGGGGGCUCGGCCACCAGCCAUGGCAGCAUCACAGCACAUGUCAGCUUAGAAAGUGAAUGUGUAAUGCGUAAAAGGCCUUUAAAUAGGCCACCAAAUCAGUACAGUGGGAUGUGAUGGGUGUGGAAGGCUAACCGGCAGCUAUCUGCAUGGCUGUCUUGGCAGAACUAGUUGAUUAAUUGUUGGUCUCCAACUCUGUACUUCAGUGUUAACUACAGCAAUAUCUGACCCAGGAAACAUAUAGAGUAUAUUGCUUGGACUCAUUCCUUCUAUAUUAAUGCGCCUUACAUAACUCUUGCUUUUCACAGCAGCAAAGUUACUUUUUGAAUAAUUCAAGAAAACAAAACAAUCAUAUAUUUGUUACUGCAUUGUAGGUAGUAUGAUACAAUGCUGACAUGUUCCACUAUUGUGAAAUAUCACAAUGCUAAUGUGAUAUUUCCAAUAAAUGAAAUUGUCUUAUCUAAUGCUUUUAUUUUUUGUAUGAAAUUUUGCUUUCGUUCAGUUCACUGUUCCUGUGUUUGUUUUUGCGUUUUCUCUUGCUCAGAUCCUCCCCUACUGAUCCUGGUGGUUAGCUGACAAUAGUCACAAUAAUCGUGUUGCAUUGUUACCGGGUGACUUCUGAUGCACCAUCUUAGACACUUGUACUUUUGGGCUGUUAGCGUAGGACAGUGUAUACUGUUGUGGCUGUAACCUCAGUGUGUAUGUCUGUAAACAGUUUUUUUGUGUGUAUGUGUUUUUAUGGAUGUGUGUGUGUGUGUGUGUGUGUGGCAGUGAAGGGGGUGUGACUGUGUUUGCAUGGUUUGCUGCUGGACAUACUGUACAUUCCGGUACUGUGAUUUUUGUGCCGUAAAGUGCUGUUUUUGACUCCUAUUUGUUAUAAUUGUGGCUGUGAAAAUUGUUAGAAAAACUUGGUAAGGACAGUAUAAAAAUUUUACUUCAGUGUAAGUGUUAGGUGAAGAAAAUGCAGGGCAAUUAUGCUUAUGCAGUAAUCUGAAAUUGUUUGACUAAUUUCAUAGUGCAUUCAUGUAUUUUUAUUGUUUUUGAAAAUGAAAAAUCUAAUGGACAUUUGUUUAGAGUAACUUGUUUAAAAAGAGAUUAAGAUUGUAUGACUGUGUCCUGCUUUAAGUAAUUUAAGUAAGUAAGUAUGGUCAGUUCUGCAGUCAUGACCAGUGACUAUCUAAUGUGAAAUGUUAAUGGAAAAAAAUGCUGUGUCUACAGAAUGUUAUUGUUUUAUAAUGAAGUGGCUAAAAUAGAAGAAAUAUGUACGUAAAGGACAAAUAUUAAGUAUGGUAGAAAACAUAAUAGGAGACAAUCUAUGCCACAAAGAUUAUUUUACUUAAAUUAUGUAUUUAUUUUCUUAUUUAACUGUUAAAUGAGCCUGAAUUCUGCUGGCCAGUGAGGGAGCAUUAUUUCAAUGGAUAUUACAGAAUAUUGAUAAUUAUUUUCUUGCUUUAAAAGCAACUAUGAAGAGAGUGUCUGAUUUCUCCAGUUUGCCAUUUUAGUAAAUCCAGAUAAAAUUUUGCUUUUAUUGUCUGAAGUGUAGAUUGUUUAGUCUACCGGUUGUUGUGUAAUUGUGAAUGAAAUAAAAAAAUAGCAAGCCUGUGAUAUACUAACUGAUGGCAUAUGAAAAUUGUUUAUCUCUGUGAAAUCAUCUGAUGAAUGAAGCAAAAGGGUUUUAGGGGUUGCUUGCUUUGUUCUUUAACCUAAAAACUAGUGCAACACUGUCCAAAGAAAAAAUAUACUCCCUUUCAAAUUGUG